CCGCGGAGAGGGGCUGCCGGGGAGGAAGCGGCUGGACGCGCCGCCGCGCCGCAGGGGACCCCCCAGGGCAGGGCAGAGCGGAGGAGGGCACCCCCCAGCCAGCCAGGCAGCCCGUGCCCGUGGGCGGCAUCAUGUGCGAAGUGGGCACUCGCCCUGCUGCGCUCGGCGGCGGGGAGACUCCUCCGGGCAGCGCGCUGUCGCCGCCCGCGCUGCCGCCGGGAGAGAAGUGCCGGGAGAUGGGAGAGCAGCCCAUCUUCACCACCCGAGCGCAUGUCUUCCAAAUUGACCCCACCACCAAGAAGAAUUGGGUUCCUGCCAGCAAGCAGGCCGUAACUGUUUCCUACUUCUAUGACAGCACGAGAAACAGCUAUCGGAUAAUCAGUGUGGAUGGAGCCAAGGUAAUUAUAAAUAGCACAAUCACACCUAACAUGACCUUUACGAAAACGUCGCAGAAGUUUGGUCAGUGGGCUGACAGCAGAGCGAACACUGUGUUUGGGCUGGGGUUUUCCUCUGAACAGCAGCUAUCAAAGUUUGCAGAUAAAUUUCAAGAAGUCAAAGAAGCUGCCAGACUAGCCCGAGACAGAUCUCAAGAAAAAAAUGAGACCUCAAGCAACCAUUCCCAGGAAUCUGGCCGUGAAACGCCAUGUUCUACUCGGGCAUCCAGUGUGAACGGGACAGAUGAUGAGAAGGCAUCACACGGAGCCCCCUCAGAUGCACAACUGAAAACGGAGAAUGACAAACUGAAAUUUGCAUUAGCCCAAAGUUCCACCAAUGUAAAGAAGUGGGAAACAGAGCUGCAGUCUCUUCGGGAGAGCAAUGCCCGGCUGUCUUUGGCGCUGCAGGAAUCCGCUGCCAGCAUAGAACACUGGAAAGACCAGUUUUCCAUCUGCAAAGAGGAGAAUGAUCAACUUCGGAACAAGAUCGAGGAGCUGGAAGAACAAUGCAGUGAAAUAGAGAAGGAGAGAGAGCAAAAUGUGCGGCUCAGCAGGCGUCUCCAGGAGCUGGAAACAGAACUUCAAGACAAGGAGCUGGAACUGGAAGAUCUUCGCAAACAGGGUGAAGUCAUACCACAGCUCAUGACGGAAUGUGAAUCGGUGUCUCAGAAACUGCAGGCUGCCGAGAAAAGGAAUAAAGACCUCGAGGAGAAAGUCAGAGCUCUGAAGACGGAGGUGGAAGACAGCAGACACAGACAAAACAACCUUAAGACUGACUUACAGACUUUUUUAGAUGUACUAGAUGGAAAGAUUGAUGAAUUGCACGAUUUCCGGCAAGGACUAUCUAAACUGGGUAUUGACAAUUAGGGGCGGGGGGGAUUUGUAAGUUUAACAUGGGGUAUGUUGUUUAACCCGAAACGUCUCUUUCCCAAAAGGCAACUAGAGUAUCCUUCUUGUUUGUAAUGUAAUUUGUACAUAGAAACAUAAUCCUCCCCCCCCCCAUUUUUUCCUUUCAAAAAUUGCUGUUUUGUUUUGUUUUUUACUUUGAAUAUAGGAAAUUGUUUCUUGCUGUUCUGGCCUUUGAGGAUUUAUAUACCUGUUGGGGAAGGAUCUAGCCUCAGAAAAUGGGAAGUAGAUCUAUCUUAAAGUGAAUGUGCAGUUUAGUUGUUACAGGGAAAUCUUUUCUAUCUUAAGGGCUGCUAGAACUGCAAACACAGAAAUAAGAAGUGUCUUCUCCCACUAUAUUGAUGAUCAGUUAAACUGAUUUUUAAACUCCCAUGCUGUUCUAUCCCCUUUUCUUGUGGACAGAUGUGGCAAAAAUUCCUGCUGACUGUCCAUGGGGCUUGAGGAAAAUGCCUUCAGAACAGGAACCAAUCAGUGAGGUAUAAUUUGAAGAAAUGACGCCAUGGGCUUCUAAUGUUCAGGAGGACUCUUCUGUAAAACUCACCGUGUUUAAUAUGUGGACACCUGAGUGGAGUGCAGACCACAGGUCUUGACUUUGUACACUACAGAUAGGAUGGAGGUAGAUCCCACUUGCAAAUGUGGAUGACAAUUUCCUUUCCUCCAGCAUCUCCAGUUUAUAUCUGCAUAAUAUAUAUACCUGCUAUCAGGAUGUUAGGAGAUUGAACUUCUUCCUUUUUCUUCUUGGAGUCCACGGGCAUUUCUCCUGUGGAGCAAAUAUAGGGUUGCCAACUUAGGGUUGGAAAGGAGAAUGGUGGGAGCAGAGUCUGAAAUGGGUUUGGGGGUGGGAAGGCCCCCACAGGGUGUAAUGCCACAGAGUCCACCCUUCUAAGCAAGCAUUGUCUCCAGAGAAACUGAUUUCUGUUGUCUGGAGGUCAGUUGUAAUUCUGGAGGAUCUCCAGUCUUCCCCUCAAAGUGGGCAACCCCAAUCAAAUUACUGUUGUGGGUUUUCGGGGCUGUGGUCUGGCAGUUUGGGCUGUUAAUGUUUCACCCACAUUUGGGAGCAAAAAUCAGCCGACCACAGCCCAGAAAACCCACAACAGCCAGUUGAUUCUGGCUCUGAAAGCCCUAAUCAAAUUAUUAGCUUCCCAGCCGCCUUUAUUGUUUCUGGAAAGUUGAUAGUAGCUAAGCCCAAAUUCCACAUGUGAGAUCAGGUGUAACAGCAAGCAGGUAGCUUUGAAGGGAAGAGGGCUUAUAGCAGUGUGCUAGAAUUAAGAUUCCACACAAGGAUCCUUAAAGCCCACUGCUAUCACCCCGUUCCUAAGCCAGAAGAUGUUGUGGAACCAGGCAUGAAGGAUGGCACCUUGUCUUACCUGGCCGUUGAUGGGAAUGAUGCUCCAAGAGGUGGAGGCACUCUGCAUACACUCAGAAUCGCUCCUCUUUUAUAAUCAUUCUGGCUUAUUUUGAUACUCAACCCUGAUAUAGAAAUGGGACAAAGAGAUCUGCAAAGUUCUGUAAACUGCUGUAUCUGGGUGAUUUUUCCCCCCCAAGCAAAUUGUGAGAGGAAAUGAAAAGAUUUAUUGUG